GCGACCUACGCCUCUCGCCGCCCUUACUUACGCCCUGUGGGCAAACAGAAGCCCGGCAGGUGCCCAGUGUCCAAUAUAAUCACUACCUGUGACUGUAGACCCGAGAACAUCAAGUGUAGAGGCGACCAGGACUGCCCCGGGGUUCAGAAAUGCUGUUCCUUUGGCUGUGGAUGCAGAACUAGGUGUGUCAAUCCUGCAGGGCGUCCUCGUAAAGUUUGUAGGUAUAACAUAAAGCUUUAUAGGAUGGGACAGAGGUUUCCCGCCACGGACGGGUGUAACACGUGUCGAUGUGGGGCGGGAGGACGGGUCACGUGUUCAAGGAGGAAAUGUGCGACGGGCAACUUUUGUGAUCGAGAAGGGCCAAUAUCGUUUCGACCCCGUCAUGGAAAGUCCAUUCCAAACUGUCUGCGAGCUCCUGGGCCCGUGAAAAGACACAAGUUUAUAAAUAUCAACAUAAACAAGUCGGUGCCUUACCGCUGUCCGGGUAAAGGGUAUGUGUGUGGAUAUUCCAGGGUCCCCAGGGACAGGCAAGGAAACGUCCUAGUCAAAUGUUGUACAGCCCAGGGUGUUUCCUACGACGACAGUGAAUGCGUCCGCUAUUUCCGGAUUGAGAGUCCGAAAUCCCUGUCAUCAACAAAACCCGGAUAUUUUCUUGUUGGCUCAACACCUUACUGUCUUUCCAAAAACAAAAUUGGAUUUUACAACGUAGAAUGUCGUUUCCGAAAAGUCAAAGACCAGCAGAAAAAAUACAGACGAUAAAAUUAUCUGUUACCCAU